AUGGCUGCAUCUAAAUCCGACAAGCUUUUACCCACAGUACUCAUCACCGGCUGCAGUGAUGGUGGCAUCGGGUCAGCGCUGGCAGAGGCCUUCCAUGCCAGGGGGUUUCAUGUUUUCGCAACCGCGCGUUCACUCCCAAAGAUGUCGCACUUGGAGAACCUGGAAAAUAAAACACUCCUAGAGCUUGACGUAGAGUCCCAGUCCAGUAUCGACGCCGCACUGGAGGCCGUGGUCAAGCAUGCGGGCAGCGAAGGAAAGCUGGACUACCUGGUCAAUAAUGCCGGGCUGAAUCUGAACUAUCCGGCUCUCGAUACGGAUCUUGCGUAUGCGAAGAAGAUGUUCGAUGUCAAUUUCUGGGCAAUGGUGCAUGUCACGCAUACGUUUAUGCCAUUGCUGAUUGCGUCCAAGGGGACGCUGGUGAACAAUGCUUCGCUCGCGGGUGUUUUGCACGUGCCAUGGGGAUCAUUCUACAAUGCUUCGAAGGCUGCUGUGCGGAUGUACAGCGAGGUACUUCGCCUUGAGGUUGCGCCCCUGGGUGUGAAGGUUAUAACCAUCAUGACUGGAAUCGUUGCGACCAAUAUCUUUUCGAACGCCCCUCACGAUGCUCUUCCUAAGAACUCGUAUUACAAGAUGGCCAAUGAGGACAUCGCAGUGCUGGCUAGCGGCGAGAAAUAUGCUGACUCGGCGAUGCCACCGGAUGUAUAUGCGAAGGGGGUUGUUAAUGAUGUGCUCGGCGGGUAUAGUGGAAUGACUUGGAGAGGAAAGGUGGCUUCAGUGGGGUGGUUUAUACAUUCAUACUUUCCCACAUGGCUGACAGAUCUUGGAGUUGGUUUCGGCUCAGGCCUGGAGAAGCUGUGA